AUGAAGGAACAAGUCGGGGCUGAGCCCGCGAUGGUGCGGCUCCUCUGGGAGCGCUACUGUGGCGCCCUACAAGGCUCCAGCAGCAACGGCGGCCCCCCCACGCUCUUGGACUACACGGAUCCCGUGGUGGAUGAGAUCUGGCAGCUUUUCUUUCCGAUUUUAAACGAUGUGAAGUUGAUCCCGGUCGGAUCGCUCGCGCCGUCGGCGCUGCCCGCCCCAUUCACGACACCUUAUCCUCGCGAACCCACCUCCCACGACAACGGCGAUGGUACGAAUGGGGAUGAUGCGAUCGAAGGGCCGGAAGAGGCCUUCCCAGAGAACGAGGAGGACCUGGAUGCGGAUCCCGACGUCCUCCCCGCCACGUGUGUGUUUUACCUCGCCCUCAAAGGCCCCUCCCCGGAAGAUGUCCUCGGCGAGGCGGUGGGCGGCCCCUCGGCGGCGGUGCUCUCGCGCGAGAUGGCCUCCCUCCUCUGCCAGCAGCCCCACAUCGUCCUCCCUUUGCUUGAAUUCUUCGUGGCGCUGCGGGAGUCCCGCCGGGGGUCCCCUUCCCGUUCGUUGGAUGGCGAAACCCCCUCCGCGAGGCCACGCAUGCGGGUGAGUUGCGGCGUCCUGGGCGACCCCACGCAGCUUCUGCCGUUCGAUCAGCUCGGCGCCGCCCAGCUCGGCCGGCUGCUCACGCUCAAAGGCACCGUUGUUCGGAUGAGCCCCCCUCGACUGAGCUGCCUUCGCAUGACGUACCGUUGCGGCCUCUGCGAGGCGAUUCAGACCCUCGCGACGGAGGACGGCCUUCUGGUCUACCCAGGCCCCUGCCACGGGCGAGGCCAAAGGCGGUGCCGGGGGUACAAAUGGACCCCCCUCCCCGACCACGCCGUCUGCGAGGAGGUGCAGUUUUUAAAGCUGCAGGAGCACACGGACUUCUUUGACGGGCAACGCGCCGCCGGGGCGGGGAAGGAGUCCUCCGGCGGGGCCUACAAAGUCGUCGAGGUGGAGCUUCGCCACCCGCUGCUGGAUCGGGUGACCGUAGGGGAGACGGUGUGGGUGUGUGGGGUGUUGCACACCUACCGAGGGGAGCUCCGCCGCGCCGGGGCGUCCUGGGGAGGGGGGGUGCAACACCUCUGCCUCCACGCCCGCUCGAUCGAGGCGGCGAAGGAGGUCUGGUGGCGAACCCCCAGCCCUUCUCCCGCGGAAGGGGGAGGGGAAACGGGGAGUUGGUGGUCUCCCGAUGAGUGUGCGCGGUACUACGAAAUGGCGCGUCAUCCGCGAUGGUUUGCGCGUCUGACGGCCUCCGUUGCCCCUUCGUUGUACGGCCUGCGGCGGGAAAAAGAGGCGAUCCUGCUCGCCAUCGUCGGGGGCUCCCCGACGAACAAGGUGGGCUGUCGAGGCGGCAUCCACCUCCUGCUGUUGGGGGAUCCGGGGAUGGGGAAAUCGCAGCUGCUGCGCGCGGCCUGCGCGAUCGCGCCGCGGAGUGCCUUUGUGUGCGCCCACACCUCCUCCACCUGCGGGCUCACGAUGACGCUCGUGCGGGAUCCGGUGACGGGCGGCGCGACCUUCGAGGCCGGCGCCGUCGUCCACGGCGAUGGCGGGGUCACCUGCAUCGACGAAAUCGACAAAACCGCGGCGGAGCACAAGGCCUUGCUGGAGGUGAUGGAGCAGGAGUGCGUGAGUAUCGCGAAGGCGGGGAUGGUCUUCUCGAUGCCCGUGCACACCUCCAUCCUCGCCGCGGGCAACCCCAUCGGCGGGCGGUUUGACUUUAGCAAGCCGAUCAUGGCGAACGUGAAUCUAUCGCGCGCGCUGCUCAGCCGCUUUGAUUUGGUGGUUUGCCUGCAGGAUCGACGGGAGGGCGCGGAUGCCCCGGCGGAGGAGGCCGGCGACUGGGAUACCGGGCUCACCCAUCACGUUCUCAACCUGCAUCGCCAUGGCAAGGGAGACGAAGGAAAGGAAACGGAAACGGAAAACGGCGAGAGGGAACGAAGAGGUGGGGGUGCGAAUCGUGGUGGACCUUCCGGCGCGCCCGCCCGCGCUGGGGGGGUCGCGGUGCUACCACACGAUUUGGUUCGUCAGUUCAUCCUUUUCUGCCGCUCGCAAUGCCAGCCGACGCUCUCGGCGGCUGCGCUGGCGGUGCUCAAGGCGCAUUACCUCGCGGAGCGGGAAGGAGGAGCGGGGGGCUCCUCGACGGCGGGGUGUCGCCAUCGUGAGGGCCUCGUCACCCCACGCUACCUUCAAGCCCUCGUCCGGCUCGCCGAGGCGCGAGCGAAGGUGGAGCUGCGCACCGAGGUCUCCCGCGAGGACGCGGAGUACGCCGUAAACCUCGUGCAGGACUGCCUGAGAAGCUUCUCCGCGCCGGGCGCGUGCUCGACGGCGGCGUCCGAAACCCUGAGUGGGCUGCCUGGGGGGCGGGGGAAAAAAAGUACCCAACGCGAGGUGGUUAUUAAUCUGCUUAAGGAGGCAAUUAUUCGUGGCGGCGGGGUCAACCGGCUCUCGCACAACACCAUCCUUCAGGCCUGUGAGGAGGCCGGCUGUCGGGAUGGGAAUGCGAUGCUGCACCAGCUAAACGAAUUUGGGGUGCUGUUGAAAUGUGGGGAUAAGUACACCCUCCGUGGGGUGUGA